CGGAAUUCGCGCCCGCCAUGUGACUAUUCUUGAAAGAUCCUCCGCGCGCGUAUGUCGUCCUGAUUAGAUUGGUUCUUGUUCACUGGACCCACAGGUGGAGAACGAGGAUAGCCAGACGCCUCUUCUUUUCAGAAGCAUCAUACCAUUCUCCUCGUCGUCUCUAUCACUCUCCCUCCUUGUCGACUCUUCUCACCUGUUGACAGACGCGAGAACUCGAUCAACGCCUUCAGAAGCAGGGGAAGAAAGACUCUUACAAGCGAGAGAGAGAGAGAGAGGGUUUCUGCCAGGUGGUAGAGGUCAUAGUCUUCCACGAAACGCUGACGCACGUGCAUUACCAGGCAAUUCGUGGGGCAGGGAGGGUUUGAGGUAGAACAGGGGUUGUGUGUCUGAUGGCCUCUCCAUCGACAUCCACCAGCGACGAAGGCGGAACGAGGUUUGAAGCAUCGAGGAGGAGUGAUGGGUCGUCGUCAACACGGAUAGGAAGGUCGAUCAGUGGGCAGCAGGAGGAAAUGCGUGCUGGCUUGCACUCUACAGGGACAAUGGGUGGUGUUGAGAAUCGCACGGUUACCGGCGAUUUGUCUCAUCGUUCUUGUCCAGGGGGCGGUGGCGCGGAGCUCGGGGCAGAGAAGCCCUCCUCUACGGCUGGAGCCGUGGGAGGCGGAGGAGCGGCAGGCGCAAACGUUGGGACCGCCAAUGGUGGGACUGGCGGGUCCAACAGCGGCGAUGGUGGUAGUUUCGAGUGCAAUAUCUGCUUGGAACUGGCGAACGAUCCCGUUAUCACUCUCUGCGGGCACCUGUUUUGCUGGCCUUGUCUGUACAGGUGGCUACAGAUGCACGUCGCGGGAAAGGAAUGUCCUGUAUGUAAGGCAGGGGUUGAUGAAGAGAAGGUCAUACCGUUGUACGGAAGAGGAAAUCCUAAUCAGAUGGAUCCGCGGAAGAAGCCGGUGACGGGCGCUGGGAUCCCAGCGAGACCUCAGGGUCAACGCCCAGAGUCAACGCGGCCUCAACAUCAACGUCAUCAUCAUCAUCAGCAUGGACCAGGGUUCGGUUUCAUGGAUGGCGAGGGAGGAGGACCCUUCGCAACUGCGCAAUUUGCCAACUUCACUCUCUCUGCAGGAUUUGGCUUGUUCCCUUCUCUCUUCGGUCUGCAGUAUCACUUCCCCGGUGACGGGGGGUUCGGUUUUGGGCCAACUCUCGUAGGUGGCAUGGCGGCAGGACCACAUGGCGCAGCAGGGCAGAGGGCGGGGCAGUCGCCGGAGGUGCAGCAGCAACAAUUUCUGUCGAAGCUGCUUCUCAUGCUUGGGUCAUUCGUGAUCAUUUGUCUCUUGCUUUUAUAGCUCUGCCGGUGCAGGCCCACCAAAUAUACCGUAUGUAAAACACAAGCAAUAUCUAGAAAGUUAGCUUCUGCACUCCUCUCCCCUUCUUCAUUACGUGGCUGCCUCUCCUCCCUUUUCCUCUCCGUCACGCCCCGCCCCUUUCACACACAUUUGAAAAGUAGGCUAGCAAGCCGAGAGAGAGAGAAAAGAGAGAGAGAGAGAGACCCGUCCCUUCAUUAUGUUGUAUAUCACUUGAAAUGACCUGUUAAUGUGCACCCACAUACAUAUGUUGGGCGUACUAAGUGACCGUCGUCGCGACGGCCCGAUUACCGUCAUCAUGGUAUGUAAUUCUUCAAGCAAGACUAACACUGUUUGUGUUUUUGUCUUCUGGACGCGAGAUGGGCUAUGUAUUGCUCUGAUGUGAAGGGGGUUGGAGUCGACAAGCGUUUGGAAAUGCUCUCGCCAAAAUAUCCACGCGUGCGAGGUGGUCCGCAUUCUCGCCACAUAGGUUCGUAUUUCCCCUGGCAUAAUAAGAAUCCAGAGACUGUUCACUGGAAAGGAUGGGACGAAACGGCUCUAGACUCGCCGUUCUUCUGCUGUGAUCCUUUUCCGUGUCAGCUUCCCCUCUUGCGCGCACGCUCUCUCGCGCUCUCUUCAUCUUUUUCGCCUGCCAGUGUGUAUUACUCGCUCACCAUCGUAGUUGCGCUGUUGCAGUCGCUGUUCGGGAGCAACCGGACUCUCGGUCCGUAGGCGCUUUACGCUCUUCGCCGACCGUAGUACUGGUCCUGUGCAUUCCCUUCUGCCUACUGGUCCUGUUCAUUCCCUUCUGCCGUCUGUUCGUUCUCAUGCACACGCACUCUCUCUCUCUCUUCGACGAUAAAGCUGAAGUGUAAUUUCUCUCGUCCUCCCUAACAUUUGUCCCGUGACCCUACUCCAAAGCAGUCACGUACGGACGUGGCGACACGCUCCUGUCGUCUCUCCGCAUAUGACUUUUCUCCUCGGAUACGGACCGUUGAGAGUCGGAACUCCUCUCUCUUCUCUCCGCUCCCGCCUCCUUUACUUCGACCUUCUCUCCGCUCCCGCCUCCUUUACUUCGACCUUGAUCCAAUCUAACUCGCUGCUUGAAGGCGAAGGUAGAGGGAGGAGGCGUUUUUGGCGGUGAUGCCUCGUUCGUCCUCCCGCGCGCGCGCCAAAAAAAGAGAGAGAGAGAGAGAGAGAGAGAGGGGCUUGAAUGGGAUUUUUCGGGUUCUGGUUGCGAUUGUUGGGACGGCGGAGAGGGCGGGUGGGAGACGACGGGGAGGGGAGGUGGGGAGACAGCGGGGGCUUGGAGCACGAGGACAAGGUGAUUUGGGGAGAUGUAUGAGGAGGGAAAGCUAGUGGUGUGAACUGAAAUGGCGGCCAGGAUUAAUGAUGUGUGUUCGAGGGUUGUUCUCCCGCCCGCGCCCACGG